GGUGAAUGGCUAUGAGGAAACCAAAACGAAUGUAGCUCUUAAGAAAAUCAUGCACGUUUGACGUGCGGAGAAUGACAAGAAGAGAUGGAGACGAUGAGUUUUGAAAAUGAGGCUCAUAUGGGACGAGUUUUAGUUGAGAUGAAAUCAAUGUUUGAUGAACGACAGUUAAUUGAUGUAGAUAUUUGUGUUCAAGAACUGUGUAUACCAUGUCACCGCAACGUACUUGCCGCAACUAGUCCCUACUUUAAAGCUAUGUUUACAUCGAGUAUGCAUGAAAGUUCCCAACGUCACAUUAUCCUGCAUGAAGUUGAUGCGAAAUCGGUUGCUCAAAUUAUAGAUUAUGCUUACACAGGUGAACUUAAAAUUACACGAGCAAAUGCUCAAAAUCUGCUUGCAGCUGCAUCACUCUUCCAAAUAAUCCCCGUGCAGCAGGCAUCGGCCAAAUUUAUGGAACAGCAGUUGGAUGCCAUGAAUUGUGUUGGGAUUCAAACUUUCGCUCAAAUUCAUAAUUGUGAGGAAUUAAAACAGAAAGCCCGUGAAUAUACAGAAAAACAUUUUCCUGAUGUCGCGAAACAUGAAGAGUUUAAAGCUUUACCUUUAGAACGAGUCCUGGAAAUUGUUUCCUCGGAUGAAUUGAAUGUAGAAAAAGAGGACAUAGUUUAUGAGUCGAUAAUUACAUGGAUUAAUCAUGAUUUAAAGAUGCGACGGAAGUAUAUUGGACAGUUAUUACCCCACGUGCGUUUAGUAUUAUUAAGUAUGAAAUACAUCAAAGAUCAUAUAACACAGAAUUAUAUUAUUCAGCAGUGUGAUCGCUGUCGAGCCUUACUCAAUUCUUUACGAGAGUUUGAAGAAAAUCCUGAAUUGUAUACCGGUGAAUUUAACUUUGCCUUGUCAUUAAGAUCGGGAAUGAUCCAGCCAGAAUACUGCAUUUUAUUAGUCGGAGGACUCGAUCAAAAUAAACCUUCCAUUAAUUGUUAUAAUCCAUUAACGCGGGAGGCGUAUAUCAUGGAAACAUUCCCAGAAACACGAGAACGUAGUGGAUAUUAUUGUGUUGAAGAUCCUGCCGUCAUAGUCACAGAAGAUAAUAAUAUUUUUACAGCUGGUGGAAAUUAUAUUUAUCAUGAAAAUUACGGAGAGACAGCAUCGGAUGAGGAUUCAUUUGAUGAUUUUGAGGAAGAAACAGUCAGAAAAGAUUUCUAUCAAUAUGAUAAUGAUCAUAACAAAUGGAUCCUGAAAGCACCAAUGUUGUUUCCCAAAUCCAAUUUUUCUCUUGCCUUUCACGAAGGAAAAAUCUACAGCUUAGGAGGACUGACUGUGAAUCAACAUCCAACUGAAAUUGUGGAGUGUUAUGAUAUUGCUAAAAAUAGAUGGAACUAUGUUGGAAUGAUGCCUACAACUUUAGUGGAUCUCUCAACUUGUGUUUAUCGUAGUGAAAUAUAUUUAUUAGGAGGGAGAACGGGGGUAGGGGCACAUAAUACCGUCAUGAAAUUUGACCCGAAAAAGGCUGAAUGGUGUUCAUUAGCUGGGAUGUUGACCCCUCGUUUCAAUUUCGGUGCUUGUGUAGUGGAUGACGAACUUCUGGUUGCUGGGGGCCAAAUUUACGCUCAGUUAACACAUACUAUAAAUAGAGAGGCGUUACGUUCGGUAGAAAUUUAUAACAUUGCUGAUAACCAGUGGCGUCAAGGCCCAGACUUGCCAGAAGAGAUCUAUAAUGUAGGCUUGAUGAUUAUGAAUGGAACUAUUUAUGCAUGUGGAACUACAGAAUAUCAACGAUCGCCAUUCCGUAUUUAUCGUUAUAAUAUUGUCUGUCGAUUGGAUCGAGUGAAAAAUAUUUGGGAACAAAUUGAAUCAGAUUUAUGUGACAUUCGUAGUUAUGGAUGCGUCGCAGCAAAACUUCACACUCGACGUCUCUCACAAGUGUUCCGCCCAGACGUUGACACUUGA